AAUGAAAUAAAAUAAAAAAAAUGUCAAACUGUAAGUCUGUAAUAUACAGGUCGACCUCAUUUAACAACUGAUCACUGAUCAACUGUCUGACAAUAUAACAGAGCACGCAAAAGAUACUUGGGAGCCUGAGCCAGAAUUUUCACAGCUGCGCGCAUGCGCGCGCGCGCGCACACACACACACACAUGAAACCACGUUUUGGGAGCUUGGGCAUCAGCUCACCUUUGCAACCAGCUGCAACAUUUGGUGAUCACAUGAACCCAAUUGAGGUCAUUUUCUUUUGCCAGUUUCCAGCCUGGUUGAUGACCCCGCUGUCUCUGGCCACUUGCAGAACCAUGGGUGCAAGGUCAUAACAGGACAGCAAAGAAAACACCCCAUAUCCUAACCCACUCGGGAACAUAUGGGAAACACGCCAAAGGGAACAACUUUAGCUACUUCCGCUUUCUUCCUUCUCAUGUACAGAGUGCCAGCCUUAAAAGAGCAAAGUCUUUAUCUUAUGUGGGUCAGCUUUGCUGGGUGGAUUGCUUAUGUAAUCAAGGACGGUAUAAAAAUAAAGGCUUUUCUGAUAUUUGGGACUUUUUCCUCUCUUCUAGAGGAGCCCAUCUUUGUUCAGCUGAAUAAAAAUGUAAAGCUUGAAGGCAACUUCUGGUUUCUUGUAUUUUUUUGUCAAGCAAAACUUCAGAACCGGCACAGCAGUUACCUAACACGUUGUGUACAUUAGAAAGCAUGUUGCAACGUAAAUAUUCUCCUGGGGAAAGUCCAGGUGAGAAACUUACGGUCAAUACCCCUGUUUGUUCCAAGUUCAAGAGAAACAUGCAAGCAACACCCCAGAGUUUCACCAUUUAAAGAGGGGAUUUGGUCCUGCAAGGAGGACACGGCUCCACACCCACGGACAUUGGCACAAGUGUUCCUGCAACCAGCCGGUUCCUCCAUCGUCCGCCAAGAUGGUCCUCCUUCCUUCCUUCUUUCUUGUCCUCGCCUGCUUGUUGGGAUCCUUUGGUCAACAAGAUCUCCGGAACAAGGUCUUUGUUUUCCCAAGAUCAUCUAGCACGGCUGCUGUGCUUCUCCACGUCUCCAACUAGCAACCCUUGACCAAGCUGACCGUCUGUUUGAGACACUACACCCUCCUGUCCUAUUCGUAUGGCCUCUUCUCUUACGCCACCCGGUCAAAUAGCAACGAUUUUCUGAUUUUCAAGAAUGCUUACAAAGAAUAUUCCAUUUACGUUGGUGGUUUCUACGUAAAUUUCAAGGUUCCUGAGAAGGCUGAACCGAGCUGGGAUCACAUCUGUGUGUCCUGGGACUCCAGCAACGGGCUGGUCCGGUUCUGGCUCAACGGAAAACCUUUUCCUCGGCGGAGUCUGAAAAAGGGCUACAGCAUCAGCCAGGAGGCCUCCAUCAUGCUGGGGCAGGACCAGGACUCCUUCGGAGGGGGCUUCAAUAUCAACGAAUCCUUUGUGGGGGAGAUCUCAGACGUCAACAUGUGGUCCUCGGUGCUGAGACCAUCUAUGGUUAGAUUGUCCAAGAACAACAUUGAGAUUUCUAACCCUCUGAUUACCUGGAACUCCCUGAGCUACACCAUCAAGAACGAGGUCUUUGUGGACGAUUUCCUGAGUCCCCAAGGGGAAUGCAUCUGUUGAAAGAAAGAAAGAAGAAAGAAAAGAAAAUACUCUUUGGAAAAAAACCCUAUAUUUCUGCAAUGGGAUGCCAAUCGCUCAAGGAGAUGUUGAUGAAUUACAGGCAGGUGAUCCAUGCUUGAAAAGCUGGUGUGAGCAUGCUGGUUUCUUCAUCAAUAAAAUUAACUUCUUUUGUCAUGCUCG